AUGGAGAGGCGGCGCCAAGGGACAAGCAAACCAGACGUGCCGUUGCAGUUCAAAGUGAGGCAAUUCUCUGCGUCUCCAAGAAGCCACAGUGAUACAGAACAGACUUCAAUCACACCAACCACUAAAGCUACUCCGAAAUCGAAAGGGUUGAAUGUGUUUGCCGUGUCGCCGUUGGACACUGGGAGUAUGCUGCGUAGUCAAUCAAGUGAGAGCACGUCGUCGAAUGCGAACUCGGUCAAGAGACGUUCCUCCAUACUAUCAAACAACACGCAAUUGCCGUUGCUACUGGAGUCAGAGGAUGAGACUUGUUCUAGCAGCCCCAGGCGAACAUCGCUUACACCCCAGAGUGAGACAGCACUACCGCUGAAGGACCACCUCCUUCAAUUGAGUAUAGACGAACAGUUGAGGAUACUAGCACUCAAGGAGAUGGCGAUUGUGCAAAUAAAGGAGCAGAUGCAGAACCUAAAGACGAAAUUGCACACGGAGGAAGGGGAGUUGCACAAGCUACGAGAAGUUGUUCAGAGAUCGCUAUACCAAGAGAUUAGUGGUGCUGCAAGCAACACUGCCGCCACGGUGAACAGACAGCGCACAAAUUCCAACCCCAGAGAUCAAGCAAUUGAAAGUAUCAGAGCCAAGAGGCGAUCGUCUUCUGGAGCAGCACGGCAACUUGACGCUGGUCUGGCAGAAGAAGGUGGCAGACCGUCCAAACUAUGGAGCGGAAUCACCAAGCCGUUCAAUAUGUUGCAACAGUUUGAUACGAUGCUACAAAAUGAAUUUGAAAAGUCGUUGGUGUUGGACGAGGAGAAGAGGCGGCACGAGCAGCAGCGCAGAGGAGAGCAGCCAUUGCAGUUGCAAAGUUCGAGGGAGAGUAAUAGAGUCUCACAACAUCUGCGUCGGUCGGAGGAGUCAACAAAUGGUGCUGGUGGUGUGACGUCUCCUAUGCAAUCCGGAACAGCACAGUCUUUGUCAGAUUAUAGAAGCAGUGACGAUAGACACUCAGAUGACGUGAUCCAAAAGGUGUCGGAUUCCAUAUGGUCCUUUGUCAAUGAUGUGAAGCAAAACGUGUUGUCAUCAUUGAACGAAGAGGAUAUGGCGAAUAAAGAGUUUGAUGUUGAUGAUCAGACUAUCGAUUUUUCAAUGUACAAACGGUAG